AGUAAACUUUCAAUCACUUUGUAAUAGUUCAGUUUGAGCUGAAAUAUAGGAAGAUGGCGCAUCGCGGUGGUGCCACGUCUUAUCACGCAACAAAACGAAGAUUAAAUCCUUUGAAGUCCUUUACGUGUUGUGUUAUUUCUUUUCUAUGUGCUUUCCCUUUAAUCGCAAACGGCGGCUUGUACACGGCGUCGGAUCAGAUCGUUAUUUUAUCACCUGAUAAUGUGGAUUCCGUGUUGUUUUCAUCCAGUUCGGCUAUGGUGGUGGAGUUUUACGCGACGUGGUGCGGACACUGUGUCGCAUUUUCACCCGUGUGGAAAAGCUUGGCCAGAGAUAUCAAAGAAUGGAAGCCUGCUGUGGAUCUGGCUGCUAUUGAUUGUGCGGAUGAGAAGAACAGGAGAGUUUGCAUCAGAUUUGGAAUCACAGGAUAUCCCAGCCUGAAGUUUUUCCCUGCUUACUCGAGCAAUACGUCCACUGGGCAGGACCUCAGAGGAAUCCCGAGGGAUGUGGGAGGACUUCGGCACUACAUUAUUGAAAAAUUGGAAAUGCGUGACCAGACGUGGCCCCCUGCUUGUCCACCUUUGGAGAUAGCAAGUGAAGCAGAGAUCGACAGCUUCUUUCAAACCAGCACUGUGAAAUAUCUGGCUCUUGUGUUUGAAAACAAAAAUUCUUAUGUGGGAAGAGAGGUGACGUUGGACUUAUUGCAAUAUGAGAAUGUAGCCGUGCGCAGGGUUUUGGACACGGAGACGAGUUUGGUGUCCAGGUUUGGUGUGACUGAGUUUCCUUCCUGUUACUUAUACAACUCGUCUGGAAACAUCUCGAGACUGAAAGUACUCAAUGAAGCACGCGUCUUCUACUCAUACGCCCUCCAGAGACUGCCGGGAGUUGUGAGGACAGGCAAAGAUAAAAUCCCUAUCACCGAUCUCAUCCAGAACACAACCCUAGAGGAAUGGAGAACAUUUAACAAGACUCGUGUGUAUAUGUCUGAUCUGGAAUCAGCACUUCACUACUCUCUGCGUGUAGAAGUGGCAGCUCACGUCAGCAUUAGCGGAGACGAUCUGAUUGCGCUCAAGAAGUUCGUAAACGUGCUGGCAAAGUAUUUCCCAGGUCGUCCCUCUGUAAAGAGUGCAUUGAAGACUGCAAACAGCUGGUUACAAGAACAGAAGGGCACAAAGAUUGAAUACAGUGAUUUUAGAGAGGUGCUGGAUAAUGUUGUACAGACGAGCGACGCGGUGUUGCCUGAAGGUGUGCGGUGGGUUGGCUGUCAGGGAUCUCAGGCCCGUUACCGUGGUUACCCCUGCUCUAUGUGGACCCUCUUCCAUGUGCUUACGGUACAGGCAGAUGAAAUCGGGGGUUCAGACCCUCAGGAAGUGUUGCAGACAAUGAGAGAGUACGUCAAAAGUUUUUUCGGGUGCAGAUAUUGUGCGACUCACUUUGAGAGUAUGGCCGACGAGGACAUGGAUUAUGUGACCUCACUAUCUGGUGCUGUCCUCUGGCUGUGGCUUCGACACAACCAAGUCAACAACCGCUUGGCAGGAGACCUUAGCGAAGACCCGCAUUUCCCCAAGAUUCAGUGGCCACCUCCGGAGUUGUGUCCCACCUGUCACAGUGUGAAAUGGACCGGCGAGCACAACUGGAACAGAGAGGAGGUGUCCGCAUUCCUCAAAAACUACUUUUCCUCAUCUCGCAUCUUGCCGGACUACCUGCAAGACGAGACCCAAGCUCUCAUCCAGCAGAGAAACAAACUUACAGCCGCUCGGAUGGAGAAAGAAGUGGGUCGCGGUCCGGGGAGGAAAGCUCGAGAGAUCCAUCCUUCUUCUCUGACUGAAGCACCUCAGGGAGAGGAAACGGAUGAUGAAGAAGAAGAGGAAGAGCCCGCCCUGGAGGAACAGGCCGGUGAGCAGUACCCUGCGGGUUUGGAGGGAAUGGAGGACACGACUCCUAUACAGGCACCUUGGGAGAAGCCGCAAUCCCCGCGCAAGCCGAGAUUUGUGGGCCUGAAGCUACGGGAGACCCCGGAGGACAUAGUAGACCUGGACUCCUUUGUUGGCCAACACUAUAAAGCUAAAGCUCUUCGCGCCGCAUCCAUGUCAACCGUGGUGCGGCAGAGGAGUCUCCAAAAGCAGAACGAUGUGGAUGACGUCCAGUUUGAGAGAGGCUGGAGGGUGAAGCGGGAUCUGGGAGGCCGGGAAGAAAACCUCGGAAUUGGGGUCGGGAUAGAACCGUACCCCAGAUCCCAAAGCAAGCGUUGGAUGUCUGUGUUUAGUGUGGGAUUCUCCAGAUUGGAUGUGAGCUUGUGUGUCCUGCUGUAUCUUCUGUCCACUGUCUGUCUGCUAGGCAUGUAUCUAUAUUUUAAACUGAGGAUUAAACAGCGACGUGCUAAGGUGUCUCUGCCUUAGGUGUCACACAGCCUAACUUGAACUUUUAAUGAUAUCAGGAAUAAGCAAAUCUAACUGGGGCCGUUACGGGGAUUGACAGCUUUGCCUUCAAAGGAAGGUGCAGGAAUCAUGAGCUGUCAAAGUACUGUUUUUAAUUUUAUUGUAAUUGUCAUGAACACCUUUGCUCAACUAAGGCACAUUUUAUACUUGUCAAAUAAGGACUGCACUCAUCCAUACCUUUAGAUUUCUUCUCCUGUGAGUUUCUUUCUUAGAAGCACCUGAUAAAGAAAAAUGUAUGAUCAUCAUUGAUUUCCAUUUUGUUUAUUUUACACAAAAUAUGACCACUCAUCAAAGAGAAAAAUUACAUUUUGGAGCCAAACCAGACGACUCCGGGCCUGAGCCGCACCGGAUCCGCUGACUUCGGCCUGGAUCCGGUACAGAUCUGGCCCGGAGUCGUCUGCCAUCUGGGAAUGCACCUAGCGUUUUUUUUUUUUUAGAUCAUUUUAUCGCAAACUAACUAGUUUAUAAGUCAUCUAAAAGUAAGAUUUUUUUUAUAUAGAAGUCAGUCGACUAUGGCUGCGGUCUUUCCAAAAAGUUUUUUCAGUGUUUGUAAUCACCCAUGAUGUCACUGUCCAUUCAUUGUGCCUUUUAUCAUAAUAUAUUUUAAGAGAUGAACUUCUAUUGCAAAGCAACUCUUUGCAAAAAGGAACUAAAUACACCAAAAAUGUAAGUUUUUCAAAAACGUAUGCAAGAACUAAAUGUGUUCUUUCUUAAGCCGUGUGAUUUGUUGGGUAAAAUGCAAUUAAAAUUAUUUUUGCUCAAA